AAAGAGGCUGAUGAGCUUGAUAGAGUAGGCGUGAAAUAACUACAAUCCUUCACAUACUCAGGACAGCAUUGAUCUCCGCGCCGACGUGAGUGUAUAGCAAGGCUGAUGAGCGCUCAUAUACACACUCAUCAUAUAUUGUCAGAGUCUCCUUCUCCAAUUCAUCGAGAGGUUCGCCUUGGAGAUCUGCGUCGAUCGCGCUGUAGUUGUCUAGGUCGUAUUUUUGCAUUUGGAGCCAUACAAUGUAUGCCAGAUUUUGCUCGAAGCGUCGUUCGCUUGUCGUCAUGCGCGAGGAUCUUUCGUCUGCGCACAUCUUGUCGAUGUCUCCAUCCAGCGCGCAUCUUCCACAAGCGCACGAAUAUCUGCAGACGACCUCAGCCUCUCGGUGAUUUUGGUCCCAUCCUCGCAAGCGACCCCCGACGAUCAGGCAAAUUCCUCCAGUACCGAGCACGGCUGCACCCAGUCGAUUUGCAAGCUGCUCGUUGGUGCUGCUGAUUCUUAUACCAUAGAGGUAGAGCUCGUGGAACACGAAAUCUUACUACUUCUCCUCGUGCUCUUCAACCCAGCAUCUCCGUAUCAUGUCAUCCAGCCUCUCCAGUUCAUACAGACGAAAUCCCUAACGCUCCAAGUAUCCCACGACCUCCCAUGCUCUUUGAGGUUGUAAGGCACACUCCAAUGAAUUUUGCGUGCCGGCUCGUCAAAUCGUUCGGGAUCCAAGAAGUGUUUCUCAUGCCCCAGGGCCGAUGGGUGGCUUCAAAACCUUCUCGCGAUUUCCGUGCCGUUCGUCCUCCCACUCUGGAAUUACUCCUAACCAGCAUUCGUCGAGGAUCUUGUAUCGAACAAAAAACCGCUACAAAAGUCGGGGUAGCACUCUCCACGGAAAUGCGCUUGCGCGUAUGUCCACAUGGAGAUGUUCAUUGGUGGGUGCAGCGUGCACAAACAGCCGGAGCAAAUUUCGAACCAGAAGGGAGCAGGCAGUGCACCGCGGAGGAGCAUGGACAAAAAGGUCUUUGCUGGCUUUUCGUGGGCUGGAGUGAGUAUGGCCACGAUCAAUCGAACAUCAACUUACAGCCACUUCAAGUGCACCAGUCUCUUUCGCCUAUCAGAAUCACAACAUCAUCUUUCGGAGUUCCAAACUCGCCGCACUGGACCUUCGAGUCAGCAGGUGUACAAUGGAGGAGAAGCUGUAGGUCCGAGGCGGUAUUCUGGGAGGAUUUUGAGGGAUGCUGGGCUUGAAGUGGUGGUGUCGAAGAAGAAAGACGGAAGUGCACGGGACACCGAGGCUCCAGAUUUUCAUGCACAUGCACGUGCACAGGCCAGCGUGGAUCAGCUGCCGGAUCGGGCUCUCGCCGUGCCCCUCCCCUCUCCCGGCGACGACGACAUCGACAUCGACAUCGACAUCGACAUCGAGACCACGACCUCCGCGAUGAAGUUCCUCUCCGCCCUCGCCUUCAUGGCCGCUGUGGCCGCCGCCGACGACUUCAACCUCGACAUGUUCUACUCAGCCAUGGCCAAGCGGGCGACAGUGACCAUCGACACGAUCAUCGCCGACAUCAACAACAUCACCAACCACACUCUGCAGCUGAACCAAGCACUCCAAAACCUUAGCGAACCCAUCCAAGCCCUCGCCGUGAACACCGCCGGCAUAGCCGUGCAAGCAGCUAUCAACCAGAGCAUAGCAGACGCCAUGGAACUCUCCGAAGUGCCCGCCACCGCAAUCGGCAUCAUCGCCCCAAUCCAGGCUCUCGGAAACGCCUCGAACCUCACAAUCGCCAGUCUCAUCUUCCAAAAGCCUUUCUUCGUCCAGUACGGCUUCCAGAACCUGACCCUCCAAACCAUGCAACUGCAGAAUUUGACCAGCACACAAUUCAACGAAAUCCUGCUCGAGAAGACUUCGCCGCUCGUGAGAGAAAACUCGAAAGCUCUCGGUGCACCGGCUUUGAGGGCUUUGGCUAUUGGGAUCGCAGCAUAUAGCAAUAACGGAACUGGGGUGCCCCUAGAAUCCGUGCUGGCAACGUCCGGUGCUCCAGGUCUUGCGAUGGGAUGGCGUGCGUUGGCGGCUGUGGCGUUGGCUGUUGCUGCGGUUUUAGUGCGCGAGCAGUAUGCAGUUGGCCUAUGA